GCUUUGGCCGCGUCCCGGGGGUCCGGAGGGGACAGGGAGCGGGUCCGGAGGGCACAGGGAGCGGCUGCGCCAGGUGACACUCUGAUAGUGGAAGAGGACACAUCCAAACCCGAGCCCGACUCUCCCGUGGUCGCCAAGAAAGCGAUGUCCCACCCUGUCAGGGAAGCCGUGCCUGUUCUGGCCAGGAGGGUGGUGCCAGCAGACAAUUCCUGCCUGUUCACCAGCGUGUCCUACGUGGUGGAGGGCGGCGUGUACGACCCCGGCUGCGCCCCCGAGAUGCGCAACCUCAUCGCCCAGAUCGUGGCCAGCGACCCCGAGUCCUACUGCGAGGCCGUGCUGGGCAAAACCAACAGGGAAUACUGUGACUGGAUCCGCAGGGAGGAGACCUGGGGAGGAGCCAUCGAGGUGUCCAUCCUGUCCAAGUUCUACCAAUGCGAGAUCUGCGUGGUGGACACGCAGACCGUGCGCAUCGACCGCUUCGGGGAGGACGCGGGCUACAGCAAGCGCGUGCUGCUGAUCUACGACGGGAUCCACUACGACCCUCUGGAGCGCCGCGUGCCCGGCUCGGACAUUCCCCCCCAGACCAUUUUCCCCAGCAGCGAUGACGUGGUGCUGGCGCAGGCGCUGGAGCUGGCGGACGAGGCUCGGAGGAAGAGGCAGUUCACGGAUGUGAAUCGCUUUGCCCUGCGCUGCAUGGUGUGCCAGAAGGGACUGACGGGGCAGCUGGAGGCCAGGGAGCACGCCAAGGAGACUGGACACACCAACUUCGGGGAGGUGUGAGCUCAGCUUGAGGAGGGUGCCAUCGACUACCUCACCGCUCCGGAAUCAAAUUCUGGAGUCCCCAGAUAAGCUGUUUGUAAUCAUAAAAUUCCGUUCACAGAGCUUGAAAAGCGAAUUAACUUAAUGGUGGCCAACGCACAGGUUUGGGAAUAGGGGAUUGGGAAUAGGGAUGCUGAGGGAUGGCACUUGGGCAGGCACUGGACAGUGGCAGCCACGCUUUGAUUUCAUCACUUUCCGUGUGUGUGUGUGUGAUGUGAGCAGCCAGGCUUGUCCAACACCGGUGUAAAAUCCACCUCUGAGGUGCUGAAUGUACAUUCUCAGGGUAAUUCAGGUAAUCCAAGGCUUUGGGAAACACACAUAUCAGCAUUGCUUACACUGAGAAUUAGGCUCUGCGCAUAGGAGCGGCUCUCAGAGGGGAAACUGCUCGUGUGGUGCGUGAUUUGUAAUGGAAAUAGCAAGUACAAUAUCAAAAUAGAGUUUGUGGUGGAAAGAGGAUCUCUGAGCUGCCCUAUACCUUCAGGAAUAGACUGUGUAGUUUGUGUGCAGAAAACUUUAGGGAAGGCAAUGGCCUCUAAGCUUUAAGGUAGCCUUUAAAUUAAUGAGUAGAUGGCUAAGUGUUGAAUAAAACUUACUAAUCCUCCGUAGGUAGUUUUUAGUUGCUUGAAAAAUAACUCUCAACCCCUGGUGUUUACACUGCAUCAGAGCAUAAGCAUGUUUCCUGGAAUACUUGGGAUUCUUCUUUAUAAUAGCAUUGGAAAUUCCUGCAAGAGGGAAGUGAGUAGUUAGGGAAGUGACUUAAUUUGCAUCUGUUAAAUACAUUGAAUAUUUUACUUGAGCAGAGCCACUCAUGGCCAUGGUGUUACUAAGCUGUUCCAGUUUCCAAAUACUGUAAAUGAGCACUUUAAGGUUGAGUUCUCACUCUUCUCUGGUAAAAAGUUUUGCCCUCUGAAGGCCAGAGCCAGAAGGGAGGCUUGAAAUUCCAUCUGCUUUCUGCCUUAAUGUGUUUGUUUUGUCACCACUGACUGUGGAGUAGCGAGACUUUCAUUGUGAUAAUGAAGGGUGCAGCUGAGUAUUCAGGACAAAAUAAGCUGGGAAAAGUACCCCACUCCUUGGACUGUUGAGAAUCAGGGAAGGUGAAAUUGGUUUAAUUGGAAUAUCUUACCUCACAGUGGGGUUGUGAAGCUUAACAGCAAAUGCUUUUGAGGGUUUUUAAAAGGUGCUGUAAAGGUGCAUAUUACUGAAGGGGAUUUAUGUUUAGUUGUUUUUUUUUAAAAAGAUGCCUGCAACACAUCCUUGUUUUUUGAAUAUUUAAAUAUUCUUUGCCUGCCAUUCUUGUUACUGUUUUGAGUGGCCUUCCUUGCACUUUUAGACUGGGGAACAAGAACGUGCAUCCUCAGACUGAGGCAGAAAUAAACCCACUUUCCACGUGGAACCUGAAACCCAGUUUGAAAGGCCUCUGUUCCCUCAAGCACCUGACCAAACUGGUGCAGCAACAUCACCUUUCCUGCAAAAAUCAUAUUUCAAGUUCUCAGCAGAGGCUCCCAGCUGGAUCUUGAAAUACAGGAGGGUUUUACUGAAGAAAGAACAUAAUGACAUAAGUGCUUUGCUGAAUCAAGGCAUGAAUAAUUAAACAGCCCAGAAUCACCCAGAGCACUAUGGACCAGGUUUGUUUUUAAUUCAGUAUUAAAACACACAUUAGCACUGUUGGGAGUUCCCUACAGAAAGCCACUUAGCUUCCAGUGUUAAACCCCACUCUGCUUUUAGCCUGUCAUUAGGAAAUGAAGAUAAAAACCCCCCAAAACCCAACAUUAAACCCAGUCCUGUAGAAGCUGAUGCUUAAAAAAACCUCCAGAAGUAGCUGACAGUUCAAAGGAACUUGAAGAUGACACUGUGUUAUAACUACUUGAGCUGAAAUACUGGCUAGGAAGGAGACC